AUGGCAUGCGCACGGAAAGGGAUACUGGCUGCAGUGCUGCUAUGUAUUUCAGGAGUCGUGUCAGAACGAGCGGCAGUUAUCUCACUGGCCACAAACGACUACUACGCCAAGGGAGCACUGGUGGCACUCCAUUCUGCGGGGCUUCACGCAGGUGUGGCGAUCGACCGUGUGCUGAUGGUCCCCGAGCAGUCUCGGCUCAGCGACGUCUGGCGGCGGCGCUUCGUCGCUCUAGGGAUCAAGGUAGUAAACGUGCCCGCAGUGGUCCCCAGCAACGCCCUGUUGACAGCAAUGGCGUCCGAGCGAAGGGAGCUCGACAAGCAAGGCCUUUUGGACAUACUCCAACCCCUUUCCUACGGCGGCGCCUUUGCCAAGGUGCAUGCAUGGGACGAGCAGCUGGGAUAUGAGAAAGUGAUCCUGCUGGAUGGCGACGUGUUGAUCAAGGGGAAUCUGCUUGGCCUCUUGAAGCUUGGCAGCUUGGACAUCCCAUGCUGUGAGCGCUUCGCAGAAAUUGGCUCUCCCUGUACUGCUCUUGAAGCCCUGAAGCAGCAGCCUAUCAGCGCAUCGAAGGAGCCUCCACUGUCACCUGCCGACUUGGCAGAUGCCUUCAACUACGGCGUCGUCGUGCUGAAGCCUGAUGCCACAAUCCACAGAGAUCUGGUUCGUUUGCUUAUGGAGGCCACCGAGGAGGACUUGCGACGGUACAACACAAGGACAGCAAAGGCAGUCGGACUCUGUGACCAGACUCUGGUGGCUGGGCGAUUAGCAGAGCUGUACAAAAUCAAUUUCUUCGAGGACAUGCGAAAGUCAUCGCGGCAAAACCCGCAAAAAUGGCUGAUGUCUACCGAGUACAACCUUGUCGUCUCGUACCGGGCCAAAGAGCGUUGCGACCUGCCCGGCGAACGGAAGAGGGUUCACAAGGCGAGAAUCAUCCACUUCGCGAACAACUGGCUGAAUUUCGAGACCCUGGCAAAGGACCGGGACUCACCCGGGCGCAUCGACUCGCCACGCUGCUACAAGGCGGCCUUCCGCUACUGGCACGACGUGUACAACCACGCCUUAUCGGACAGGACCUUCAUUUAUUUGAUCGUCACUGUGCCGCAUACAAUACAAAUUCAGUCCAGCUCCAGGAGUACAGAUCCUCCGCCAGCAUACACGCCGUCGGACUUUGAAUCAGACGAUGGGCUUGCGAGACUGGCUUGCAGAGCUCUGCGGACACGAAUUCUGAUGAUCCCACAUCUUAUCUUCAUCUCAGGACACCGGAAGAAGUUCAGGCCGUUUUCCUGGACUUCCAAUCCCGAAGCCGCAAGUUCGAGAAAGGCACAGGCGGCCGGACUGAAAUUGGACAGAGCGGCCCAGGCUGCGAUUCCGGUAUACGCACGAAGGCAGGCGAGCACGCUGCGCCGAGGCGACAUGGUGCUGGAGCUCUAG